AUGACAUCCGGAGGAAGUCCAAGGAAGUCCGCAGGACUUCCGAAGGAGUGUGGGAAAAUCUGGAAGGACUGUCCGGAUCUGGAUGAGUGCAAGAAACUUCUGGAGGAGUGCAGGAAAGUUCUGGAGGAACUUCUGGAAAUUACUAUGAGAAUGCAAACAGAGAAAAGGUUGCAGGGACAAAGUCCAAAGCAGAGUAGGUCUGGAGGACCGCAGGAAAGUUCCGGAGGAAUGUCCAGAAACUCGGAGGUGUUUAGGAUCAGAGGAGCGGAGCUCCAGCCUAGGGAAUUCCUCCCUAAGCCUAAGACUGAGGAAAUACAGGAGUAUCUACAGGGGUUUAUAUACUGGAGACAAGUCCAAGCGGAUAAACUGCAGUUCAGAUAG